AUGUAUUCUGGAUGUAAGUGUCACAGAAUGCCUCCGUCUUCCGGUGCUGGGUCAGUCUGGACCUGGCAAGGGUUCGCCUGUCAAAUUCAAACCCAUUGUUUCGACAUCCCAUUGGGCCGUGGCCAGGCGUGGCACUGUUCAGAGAGCCUAUUGAUUGGCAGAUUCUUCGAUGGGGAUAUUUUGGGCGUAACGUUUACAGUCAAGAGAGACAGCACAACUUCGUCCGUCGGGGAUCUAGUACCUGGGACCGUCCAGGCCCACCUGAAGCCAGGGAAGAAGGAAGAAGCUGAAAUGAAAAGGUUGAGCAGGAGGAAGGCAGUGCUGAGUUCGAACGCCACGAAUGGUUCGGCUGAGCCUGAAAUUCCUUACUCUCCGACACCGCUCGGCGCUUGA